AUGCCAUUGACGAGGCCGGCAGGAACCACUGCUCCCCCGCUUCCCAAAAGACCUUCACAGACACAAAGAUUAUCAUCUUCCCAGCCCACCAUUCCGAAACCGUCCGUCCCAAACAAAGGGCUACCGGAUUCUAAUCCGUGCGUCCAGUCCAACACUGUUGCGGAACCCGCCCAUCUGGCACGUCCUGCUAAGCCACCUCCACUUGGUGGAAAUGCAGCUCGCAAAUCUGAUCAGCCGAAGGCUAUAGGUGCCGGUUCGGAUGUUUGCCAUGCCUCAAUCAUUCCAGAAGUCAGUCAGGCAGUGAACCACAAUCCAUCUCGUCAAAACAUCGCGUCAAUGGUCGUAGCACGGGCGCCGCAGACCCCUGGUCCUGAUUCCCCACGGCAGGAACUGCAGGAGCUGCAGGGGGAACCAGCCGCGUCUUCCUCUGUAAAGCAGGAUAGGGGAAAGCAGGCAGAAGAUGCAUCAGGGGUGAGCAAGGACGGACCAUCAUCAGUUCAACCUCUUGUGGGAUCAUCCGAGAAAGAUCAGAAUAAUACUCCAUCUCCUGCGGUACAGACGCCGCAAAAUGACGCCGCAGGAUCAGUCGAUGGAGCUCAGGCUACCUCACCGGCUGAAGACCCGAAGCCAGCUAUCUCUCCCAUGACACCGGAGCACCCGCCAAGAUCGUUCAAAGAGCCUGACAGUUCGACGCUACCCCUCUCCGAGCCUCGCACGCAUAGGGCUCAGUUAUCCAGUCCGGCUGAUAUUUCCGCUCCACGAGCCUCGGCGCUGACAAAGUCCGGGGCUGAUAAACACUAUCAUACAGCUAUGGAAUCAAUCAAUGCUGGUAUUAGCCAGCUGGCACGAUAUCACGCAUCUAUGAGCGCACAGUGGAUGUCGGAGAAAGAAAGACUUGGAGAUGAGAACAAAUCUUUUUGUGCGUACGUCGAGGAACUUUCGGGGAAGGUCCAAGCGCUCGAAGCCCAGCUGGUAGUGCAGACAGAAGAGGUGAAUAGGCUUAGGGGUGAUAAGAAGAUAUGGGAGAACAAGAAACAACAGAUAACAAGCGCUUUGAAGAUGCUUGAGGAUUCGUAA